UUCUUUUUGGUAUGAUCAGUAUUUUAGCAAAUUUCGCCGGAAUCUUAUAUGUUUUAGAAGAGAUAUACAGCAAUGUAUCAAACAAACAUUCAAACACACAGUUAUGUACAUUGGUGUCUGAACUCACGACUUUUGCAGCGUCAAUAAUAAUGAUGGUUGGCUUUUGCAAGCAAAACUACAAAUUGUUGCUGACAUGGAUUAUUGUCGCCGCAAUUCAUUUUGUGAUUGAACUUUUUUUUUUGAUAAACCCUAUUCGAACCGCGCUGGAUCAAAUUAGCUUGGUCUGUAUUUCUUUGUGGUGCUACAAAUUGUCAAAAGCGUCUCAAAGCAGUCAAUCAAGAAAAGAAUAUAAUGAAACAAAACCAGCGACAGUCUAGUGUAUUCGACGAGGUAAAACGAGGUA